UCAUGCCGGUGUUACAGACCCUCACCACCCACAUGGAUCCUGCAGACACGAAGGCCACAAUGGUGGAGACAAACGCAUCAUUCUUUGAGACUCCACAGCACUCUCAUCAAGACACCGUGAGCUCAGACAAAGCUCGUCGAGCUCUGGACUUCUGCACUGGUGGACAGCAGGUGGCACAACUCAUGGAAGUUCCUACAAAAGCAGCUCAGCAAUCAGCAAUUGAUCCUAAAGAGAAAGAAAAUGACAGGGAGAAAGAGAAGAAGACUAAAAAGCUACAAAAGGCAAAACAAGAAAAGAUUAAAUCUGAUUUGCAGCAGAAAAUUCACAUCAGAGAGCACAAGCUGGCCGAAGUCAGAUCAUCGGUGAUAGACUGCAAGAGUAGUCUGGAUGCCGAGUGGCUGGAAGUCAACAAUUUCUUCUCAGAGGUGAUCAGAGUUGUGGAGGAUGCUCGGCAGAAAGCCCUUCAGCCUCUGGAGGAGAGGAGAUGGAAAGUAAAAAAAGAUGCACAAGAUGUCAUCCAGAAGCUGCAAAGAGAAAUCGAUGUGCUCAAAAAGGCCAUCGAUGAGUCACACAGAACCCCAAACUUCAAGGUUCCUCCUGAAUCUACUGAUGAGUGGAAACAUUUAUAUGUUGACACUUCACUGUCCUUGGGUACCCUGCGAGCUACGACCUCAGACAUGAUGAAGCAAAUUCAGCAGGAAAUGGAAAAAGUUUCAUCCAUUGAACUCAAGAGGAUUUCUUCGUUUGUAGUGGAUGUGAAGCUGGAUCCAGCUACUGCACACCAGAGCCUCGUUCUUUCUGAUGAUGGGAAAAAAGUGAGAGAUGUUGGGAAGACAGCCAAAGGUCCUGAUUCUCCACAGAGGUUUGAUAUGUUUGGAAGUGUCCUGGGGCUCAACAGAUUGACCUCCGGGAGGGCAUACUGGGAGGUGGAGGUCAGCCACAAGACCGGGUGGGAUCUGGGAGUGGCGCGACGUGACGCUAACCGCAAGGGGAAACUCUCGCUGAACCCUGAUAACGGUUACUGGGCUGUUGUACAUUAUGAAGACAAAAAAUAUGCAGCCCUGACAGCACCACCCGUGAGCCUUUCACUGAAAGAGAAACCUCAGAAGGUCGGGGUGUUUGUAGAUUAUGAGGAAGGUCUCGUGUCCUUUUACGAUGUGACGUCUCAGUCUCACAUCUUCUCAUUCACUGAGUGUUUGUUCGGUGGUGAGAUCCUCCCGUACUUCAGUCCACAUCUGAAACAAAAUGAGAAAAACACUGAUCCUUUGAUCAUCUCUGCUGUGCUAAAGCACUCCUAA